UUGAGCUUACCCCCACUCACUUCUUCUUCCCAGUCGCCGCCCCCCUCCGUCGCAAAUACCAAGUUGUUCGAUUCGGACGAGGAUCCGAAGAAGGAUCUAAGAAGCUUCUGAAGUAAUGGGUAGUCAUCAUCUACUUCUUUCGGUUUCAUCAGCUACCAUUAAUGCUAUUGGGAUGGGAAUCAGAAAUCCUCUGUUAAUGAAGAGUUCUAAUAACCUUCUCAUUCGUACCUUCUUCUCCAAUUCUCUUCCUUUAAAGGAUAAGAAGAUAAGGGUUGUUCGAAACUACUCACAUGGGGUUAGUAGUAGUCUUGAGCCCCCAGAUGUUUCUCGAUUGGCUAAGACUGCACGCAUUUCUCUCACACCCGAUGAGGUAGAAGAAUUAGCUCCCAAAAUUCGACAAGUUGUAGACUGGUUUGGGCAACUUCAAGCAGUUGAUCUUCAUAGUGUUGAACCUUCCAUUAGAGCAGAUACUGAAAGUGAGAAUUUACGAGAUGAUGUGGCUUUAACAUUUGAAAAUAGGGAAGGUAUGAUAAAUGGUAUACCAAGCUAUAACGAACCGUAUAUAAAAGUCCCCAAGAUCUUGAACAAGGAGUAAUGUUGUUGGAUGAUAGGACAGGCAGGCAAGACUUUCGGAAAUCUGAGUUGUGCAGAUACGAAGAGGGAUCGAUUCUUCUUGAUGUGGUUUGCGUUUAGGGUUAUUGUUCUUACUUCUUGUCAUUUGCUUGAAGGAAAGAUGGGCAAAUCAUUAUGUCUUUACAUAUAUGAGAUAUGCUCUUAACUUGUUGUUUUUGAAUUUGGUGACUAAGAUGUAUAAAACAUUUUUAAUGGUAUUAUGUCACAGUUGUUGAAUCAAACUAACUAUGAACUAGAACAAUUGUAUCGAUUAUUCAAUUCAACAAGAACAAUUGCGCUGAUUCACAUUUUUGGUCAUCGGAUACAAUUUUAUAUUUUUAUAUAAUAAAUAUUAUUGGGUCA